AUGCAUAGGGGCUGCAGAUGCCAACGUCGAUCUUUAUUCCUGAUGUUGAUCUUCACUCGCCCCUCCUUCCCUGGCUCUUGGAACUGACGUCCAGGAGCCGCAGUGGAUUCCACUCGUGCCCUUGUAGGGCGGCCAAUCACGUGCGGAGAAGGGGCGGGGCCUAUUUCUACCGUUGGAAUAACGGUCACUUCCUUCAGCCUCGGUGGGGCGGGUUUUGCCAGCUGGUCCCUCUGAGAGCAGGGGACCAAAGAUACCAAUCCAAGAUGGAUAAAAAGAAAAGAGGACGCCAAAAAUCACUGGUAUCUCGUCUCCAGCUUACACCAGAGAAUACUAAAGUACCACAUAUGGUUGAAGGAAAGUUUAUUAAGCCCAAACAAGCUUCUAUGGAAGAUGUUUCAUCUGCGAUUCCAUCUGAGCUUCGCACAGCUGUUUACAGAGCAGAGGGCUCAAAAAAACACAAAGUCAAAGCAGAAGAAGGCAAAAUGGGUUUUGCAUAUGUUUUCUCAAAAAUACAUAAGGAAAAGAUAAAACCAAUUGUUGGUCAAUGUACUGAAUUGACUGAAUGGGAUCAGCACCAGAGCAUGGAAUACUCUGAACUGGGAGAUAUGAAUGAAGAAUCCAGCUAUAUUAGUGAUGUAUCAACUGAUAUUUCCAUUGAAAGUAAAGAGAUGGAUGCCAUUCACUCAUGA